AUGAAAGACAGUGACUACAUCCUUGAAAACAAAACGAAAACAGACCUCUAUGUACUCUGGGGAAGUGAAAGAGGAAUAGAACUUCCCCAGGACGGCCUGCAAAGACUAGAAGAAUAUCUUGCUCAGCAGCAAUUGGGCAAAAAGGCUCAACAAGAAACAGGUGGAAAAGAAGCCUGCCUCAGAGACAGGGCCCUGGCCUCAGGCAAGGGGCAAAAGGGCAGCAAUUCCGUCUCUGUGGGGGCAUUUCUAGACGAGGAUGAGGAGAUGAGCCUGGAAGAAAUCAAAAACCGGCAAAACACAGCUCGAAACAGCAGCCCGCUCACCAUCAGUGCUUGGGGAGACGCCGUGCGUGGCGCCCUUCCCUCGGAGCCCAAGGCGGUCUUGAUCGAAGCCUCAGCCCUGAGUGCUGUCCCCAGCAGCAGAAAUGGAUUCUUCAGUCCCAGCCCGAGCCCGGGUGGCAGGAGACCAGAGGCCGCCAGCAGAGAGGACGCACUUCUCUCGCCUGUCUCUGACUUGACUGUUGACUUUGACAAGCUGAGUUUGCAAAAUCUAGAAAGUAGCUUUUCCAGGACCCCAAAACGAUGUAUGAAAACCGAAGAAAAGAAGAUCCUGACCUCGAGAAUGGGUGCAGUAGAAGAUGGCUUGCUAGCGUCUCCACCUGCUGCAGACAGACUUGGAAAGAACCAGACAGAGACGGAGAGGGAAAUGUCCCUGGAGCCCAGCAGCCCCCGGCAUGAGGCCCAGGGCAGGCACACGCCCACGUCCCCCCCUGCCACCAGGCUCUUCCUCUUUGGAGAGGAGCCAUCAAAGCUGGACCGGGAUGUUUUGGCAGCUCUGGAACGUGCAGAUGUCGACCCUCAGCGCUACCCCGCUGUCCACAGAUGGAAGAGCGCUGUCCUGGGCUACUCGCCCUCCGAUAGGCAGAGCUGGCCAAGCCCUGCGCUGAAAGGAAAGCUCAAGGCUCAGCUGCCAGAUCUUGGUUAUGGCCCCGGCUACAGCCCUGGGAGAAGCCGUCCUGCUGGGGGCAGCCCCGUGAGGCCUGGCCACGCCGCCCACUCCCCCAGCCUGGGGCGCUACAGCCCUGUACACGGGAGCCACCUCCGCAGGGUGGCGCGGGUGGCCCAGCUCACCACCACCCCUUAGGGUUGGGCAGCUCUCAUUUCCUUCAUUUCUAAAGAAGAAGGGUAAUAUGUUUUAUUGGUAAAAUUUCACACACACAAAAAUAUUCCAAGUAAUUUAUUAAUCCUCACUUUGAGGGUAGAAUUUCAGAAAACAUGAAUGUUCUAUGUAAAAUUUAAAUUUUGGAUAUUUUGGAAGAAGUUAAUGAAACAUUUUCUGGAAAAUGUCAACGUAUUAAAGAUAAAGACUUUCUAGGUAGCAGUGCCUCAGUUUGAAAUGUAGCAGAGAAAAGGGUGUGGAGGCUGCUCCUGGGAGACAGUUGUGUGCAACCAGAAACCCUGAGCGACUGUUCUGGAGGAGGAGGACGCUGGCGGAACUGCUGGCUCGGACAGCCCUGUGACACCCGCCCUCACUCAGCUCG